AGAUGUCUUACAGGAUUAAAAGUACCAAGGUGGCCUCUGCUUCUUCUACACAAGUUUGAGUGUUCAGAGCGACGAGGCAGCUGACUUUAGGAGAUCCAUCAUGCAGAACCGACAAGGGUAUUGCAACUGUUGCCACGUGCACUAUAUUAACCUUGAGCAGCAUAUAAUCAGCCCCCAACACAGAUACUUUGCUACAUACUGUAGGUAUCGGAUGGGUACCAAUAGCCUUUUGGAUCGUUUCCUUCAUGAUGUCAUGCAGUAUCAUCCACAUCAGUAUUAUGAUAACAGACCAACAUAUGAUGACAUACCACUACUCAGCCGUCCAUCACCUCCCAAGGAGGCUCAAUUGGAUGUUGAUCGGGUUCCAGAAAAGGGGGCUGAGAAAGGAACUGUUGGUGACAGAGAAGAUUCACCUACAAAGAACUUGAAAUCCAUUGCAGAUUCAGGUUCUUUUUCUUACAAAUCUCAGAAGGAUAUGGAGGAGGUUUCUCUUCGACAGUCAGUUAUCCAAGCAGCAGUGAAUGAACAGCAACUGUCUACAGAGGACCCUCAGGAGGAGACUAUGUGCAUUGAUAACAACAUGAAAAAGCACAUUCCUGAGGAAAAUUUGCAAACUACACAUAGUAGCCAUAAAAUCCAGUUUACACCAGUGAUUACAGAGUUCCCCAAUUCUGUUAACUCUUUACCUCGAGAUCCUGCUGUAAGUCCAGUUGCGACCGAAAAUGCCAGUUCAUCAUCCCCAGAAACUCAUUCGGUUUCUGUUAUCAAAUGUACCCCAAACAGGAAGGAUACGUGCAAUAAGGAUGUACACUUGGACAAAUGUCCUAACUCUUUUGAGUCAUCACUCCAGUUAGGAACCUCUUCAGUUUUACGUCAGAGCCCUAAAGUUGGACAAGGGAACUCUUUGGAUAUGACCUCAGGAACCACACUGCAUUCAAGGAUGAAAGCACAGAACACAUCAUCCAACAAAAACUGUAGAGACAUUUUUAGGUUGGUGAAAAGAAUUGUCAAGAAUCGCAUAAGAAUCAAAUGGAAUUGACUUGAGAAACAUUAGAGUUCAGAGACUUGCAAGAGUACCAUCAGGACUACUGUGUGGGUAAGUCUAGAUUUUAUCAUUUACCAAAAAAAAAAAAAAAAAAAAAAGAUAACUCUUAACAGCCUAGUCUUUCCAAAGCUAUCCAAAGCACCUUAAGUGUUGACUCAGAAAUGAAAACUUUAUUGGUAGGUACUUUUUUUUCAAAUAACUUGUCAGGGAGUAUCAAAAGGCACAUAAGAGUUACUUUCUUAAAUAUUCAUCAGUCAUUGCUCCAAAUUCUUCUUCCAUCCUAUUGCUUCUUAUGAAUGCUUUUUGUUCCUCAUUUCUAAGGUCACUGGGCCAGUCUAGAAUAUUACUAAUUUUUGGUUUUUACUUAGUUUGGUCCUGUACCAGUUCCUCCAUGGUCUUGGGAAUAUGCAUUUUCCCAUAUAAUUGAAUUUCUUCCUUUUAAAAAAAUGUUAAAUAGACUAUGUUAUUAUUCUGAUUGGUAUAAUAAAUAUUUAAUGACCCAAAUCCAAGACUAGGCCCUCUACUACCUCUAGGCCCUAGACUAUUUUACUACCUGCCUCCCAGAACCAGUUUAUCCCCUCUCCAGUCUUCAUGAAGUUGCUGUUGAUGGGAGUAAAGCAUAGGUCCAACCAUGUCAUUCUUGUUCAUAAAGCUUCGGUUGUUCUCCAUUGACAUUAGGAUAAAAUACAUAUUUUACUGUUUGGUAUUUAAAACUCUUCACAAACUGGCUUCAGCUUAUCUUUCCAGUUCAAAUACAUGUUACUUCCUUUCAGGAAUCUUUUCCCUUUUGCCCAAGUGGACUAAUGCUAACCAUGACCAGCAUAUCUCGCUUCCAUGACAGCAUAGGCCUUGCUGCUCUUCCCACUCACCACUAGCUUUUGGAACCUUUUUCAGAACCCAUAAUAUUGCCAUCUUCAAGAUUCUUUUCUUAAUUCUCAUUAAUUAUUCCUGUCAUUAUUCCAUCAAUCAUGAUCUAAUCCAUAUUUGCUUAUCUGAUCAGCACCCAUUACACUUACUUAUUUGUAAACGUGUUGUAUCUCCUAAAAAACCAGAAUAAGUUUCUUGAGA